AUGGCCGCCGUAAACCGCCUUUGCCAAGAUCUCGGUAUCAAACAUCCUCUGGACCGUUCUACAUGUAUCGGGUAUGGAAAGGCAAAGCCAACCUGCGGGAUGGCGGUUGCGGAAGCCUCUCGCUAUGCAGCUCUCAAUGGUCUCGAAAAGAUUUGCAACGCUUUAGCACAGAAUACAGAUCCUGGGAGCCUACGAAGAGAGUUGAACGCAGUGGCUCACUUACUCCACUGCAAAAGGUGGCAUCAAGACCAAGCCGAAGCAAAAUCUCAGCAAUGGGAAGCAAGAUUGCACCGUACCAAUGUCCACAGGCAACAGCAACAAGAGCAGUGGCGACAACCUCAAAGUUUUUCCGAGCCUGCAAGAGAACCACACCGACAACGUGUCAGCAACAGGGAGUCUUCGUCCACGCGAAUCGAUCCUCCCACCGGGCUUUCCCAAUCGGAACGCAAUGCUCUAGAGAUACAAGCGCAGACUCUUCAGAUGCUUCGGCAAAUGCAGUCGAUGCUGGAGGAGUAUCAAAGAAAUGGGCUGCCUAUACCCCAGUCUCCACCCCGUAGCACGAGCUCGAGCACGGGCUCGCCGGAGAGGACGCGGCUUCUAGUUGAAAACACCUCGCAUGUCUCCGAGGUAGAGACUGCGGAGUCAGACAACGAUGACAACGACUCUGAAAGCGGUGACGAACCUGACCUGCCUAUGAUCCUGUUCCGACCAAUCUCAGAACCACGCCAACGCAGAGAAAGCACAUCCAGCUCUUCCAGUUGGGCCUCGACCUCUUCGACCGCAUCAAACAGGUCUGUCUCCUCCAGAUCCAGCCCGUCCUCUCGGAGUGAAUGUGGCAUCUGCCUCUCACGCUUGAGUCGCGUACGAGCACAGAAUUGGACAUGUGACACCUGCCACAAUAAGGCUCACCUCGAUUGCUUUGACGAAUGGGUCGCAACAUCUCCGGAAGAUAACGUGAGGUGCAUUUACUGGUAA